AUGGCCAAGAUAAAGUCUCGGGACCUGUGCCGCAAGGAGGAGCUGUUGAAACACCUGGAGGAUCUGAAGGUGGAACUGUCCCAGCUUCGCAUCACCAAAGUGACAGGCGACACUGUGUCCAAGCUCUCCAAGAUACUUGUUAUACCCAAAUCUAUUGCCCGUGUCCUCACUGUCAUUAACCAGACUCAAAAAGAAAGCCUUAGGAAAUUGUACAAGGGCAAGAAGUACAAGCCUCUGGAUCUGCGAUCCAAGAAGACUAGAGCCAUGCCCCGCCUGCGCACCAAGCCGGAAAAGACGCUGAAGACCAAGAAGCAGCAUCGGAAGGAGCGGCUGUACCCACUGUGCAAGUAUGCAGUCAAGGCCUGAGACAACAAUGACA